AUGGCUGUGCCGCCUGGCGCCAGCGACAAGAAAAGAGUAAAAGUUUAUGAAUUACGCGAGAAUGAUUGGUACGAUCGAGGAACCGGCUUUUGCACCGGUCAGAUUAUCAAUCAGGAUGAACCCCGGAUCUACGUCGAGUCGGAGGAGCAGCCUAGCAAGAUGCUACUGGAAACUAGGAUCGUUAAGGACGACAGCUAUCAGAAGCAGCAGGACACCCUCAUAGUCUGGACCGAGCCUAAUGGAACCGACAUGGCUCUUAGUUUUCAAGAGGCGGAAGGUUGUGCUGCUAUGUGGGAAUUUGUCCAUGCGGUGCAACAACAACUGCUGGCUAUGGCCGACGACGGUCUUUCCGACGACGCUCUCGACAAUAUUACCACUUCUUUCAGCCUGAGCCACCCAGAAUUAGGAAACCUAGACGAGAUCGACUCCAAUAUUCGUACUGCGAGCCUGUCACAAGCUGGCCGCACAGCUCUGGCUGCCUUUCUUCUUAAGGAGGACUAUGUGCGCAAGCUAAUUAAGCUGGUAGAAAUGGCCGAAGAUUUAGAAAGUCUUUCCGAUCUUCACAGGUUGUGCAAUAUCAUGAAGGCUCUGAUACUCAUGAACGAUAAUUCCGUCAUCGAGCAUCUAGUCACAGACGACAUUAUUCUCGGCGUGGUCGGUGCCCUUGAGUACGAUCCUGACUUUCCUACCCACAAGGCCAACCACAGACAGUAUCUCUCGGACGAGUCAAGGUUCAAGCAAGUUGUUGAAAUCAGGGAUGAGGUCAUAAGAAGAAAGAUACGGCAGACCUGGAGGUUGCAAUAUCUGAAGGAUGUCGUGCUUGCCAGAAUACUGGACGAUCCAACGUUCGGUGUUCUGAACUCCUUGAUCUUCUUUUAUCAGAUCGAUAUCGUCCAGCACCUGCAGUCUAAUGGACCCUUCCUCAAAGAGCUCUUCAGUAUAUUCACCAACGAAAAAGAAGACAUCAAAAGGAAGGAGCAAGGUGUACAUUUCAUCCAGCAAUGUUGUGCUGUCGCAAAAACCCUUCAGAUGCAGAACAGAGCUACACUUCUAAACAAUUUCAUCGCCAACGGACUUUUCAACGUCAUAGCGUUCGCAAUCAAACAUCCAAGUGCUGCUGUGAGAACUACAGGAAUAGAUAUCCUGACGGCACUCAUGGACCACGACCCUCAUAUGAUUCGUGGCUUUAUGCUUAAGGCUGUCCACGACAAAAAGGCUCCCCUCACUGACCUCAUGAUUGACCUCCUCCACGUCGAGACAGACUUGGGUGUGAAGAACCAACUAGCCGAUUCCAUCAAGAUACUCCUCGAUCCGCAACCACCACAACCUGAAGGACCAGCUGGAAGGCCGGGCGCUGAGUACAUGUCAAAGCUCACGCGGCCGCAACUUACUCCGACUCAGGCUGCAAACGAGCAAUUUGCUCAGGACUACUUUGAUCGAUCUUCAAGGAAACUUUUCAUACCACUCAAGAAUCUGGAGAACCGACAGGACAUGAACAUGAGCUAUCAGGAAGUGACACUAUUUUCCUACAUUGUCGAGAUACUCACAUUUUUCAUCCGACAACAUUCAUUACGGAGUCGGCCAUUCGUGGCGGCUGAUGGGUUGACCGCAAGAGUGGCACAGCUACUGCUUGCUCCGCAAAAAUCCGUCAGAUUGACUGCUGUAAAGUUCUUCCGGACAUGUAUAGCGCUGCAAGAUCAAUUCUACACGACACAAGUAGUUUCAAAAAGCAACGCGCUGGAUGCCAUCCUCGACACCGUAAUCGAGACAAUGCCACGCGACAAUCUCCUCAACUCUGCCUGUUUGGAGCUGUUUGCACAUGUACAGAAAGAGAUGAUUAAACCGGUCAUUCUGCACCUUGGUCAUAAUUUCCGACUCAAACUGCAGGAUAUUACUUAUGUCAGCACCUUCCAGGACAUACUUGAUAGGUUCGACCAGCUUACCAACCAGCACGAUAGCGAUUUGAUCUUGUUCAGCAAUGACGAAGAGACGACACCCGCCAACCGCCGGAACAUAGCCGGGCAGUGGUCCUUGCAGGAUAUGGAUCCUGAGCAGGAAACAUAUUUUGCCACUUCCGACGACGAUGAGGAAGAGUCAGUGUCCGACAUCGCCUCGAAAGGGGCCGGUUCGGAUCGUAUGCAAUGGCAGCGAAGGCGUAUGCGGUCUAGUAUGGUCAAUGGCGGUGCAUCGCCUGUACAGAAACCACUAGUAGACUACCCAUACGAAGAAGACGAUGACGAUAUUGGCGACGCGAAACAUGAAGCAGGAGUGGCCACACCUAGAACACCUCCAACGCCCGAGAGCGAUAAAGAUAGUACUAUUGAGACAAGAAAUACUGGUAGAAAAUUACAGCCAUCGCCAGACAUUAAAGAGGAUCAAAGUCCACCAGAACGUAUAGCCGAAAAGCGAAGGCGGCAGGAAGGCGACGAUGAGGACGAACUUGACAAAAUCUCGAUCAAGAGGAGGAAUUCAACGUCAAGCAAUUCCAGCUUGGCUUCAAAUUCGUCACUCCGCCGUAAAAAGGGCUUUUUGAGAUCGAAACAAGCAGACUUUUCGAGCAGCCCUGAAGAGCACACUGAUACGAAGAAGCCACGAAAACUCGCGAUUAGCUUGACGACAGGGAAUCGAUCCCAAGAGCCGACAGAUGAGAACCGUGCACCAGAAUCUACAAAGUCGAAGAAAUGA